GGCGUGCGCAGUCUCCAGUGCGGGACUCGAACCCAUGACAGAAGUGGAGUUGAAUGCGGAUGUCUUCCACGGCGCAGUGACACUGAUAAGGAACUGGAGUCUCGGGAUGUGCUCGUUUUAAGUCAGACGAGCUUCUGCAAAAUUCACCCUACGGACGACGAUUUCAUCGCGAAACUGGCGUGAAUAUUUUCGCGUGUGGAGAACGCCUUCCUCCCAAAACAUAUUGAGAGAAGAAUUCUGACUGACUGCAGGAACAUGGGAAGUACAGUGAUGGACUCCAAGAAAAAGGACUGUACAAAGAAAUCCUCAAAGAAAAAGCGAUCUCUGCGCCUAAACAUGCCAGAUUUGAGCACAUUCACAUCCUCUCUUAUGGAUGGAGAGACGGACAGAGCAGAUAAAGAUGAAAUGCGCAAGGGUGACAGAAGUGAGUCAGCUAGCCCAUGUUUGAAGCCUCCUGCCAGUCAACCCUGUACCCCAUCUUCAGCCUCCGUAUGUCCCAGGACCAGUCCAGGCACUCCUAAAACCAUCUUCCCACGUCCACUAUCAUCUCACCAGGACUCACCUCCUAAAUCUCCCCGCCGUCUCAGUUUCAGUGGUAUCUUCCGCUCCUCGUCCAGCUCAGCCCCUGCCAGCAUCAAGCUCUUCUCCAAAUCUAGAAAAGGCUCUGGGCUUUCCACUCCCCCCACCACCCCGACACAGAGUCCCAUUCCACCGGUCUUCCCUAUGGAGACCCCCAGUCCUGUGGAGCGGGUGGAGGAACGACGCUCCCGCUCUCUCUCAUCUCCCCCUGACACAGGCCAGCGCUUCAGCCUGAGCCCCUCCACCACCAAACCCCCUAUCGCCUCGUACACCUUUUACUCUACCUCACGCCAGAGCUGCGUACUUGCUGAAGGCAUGCUGGAAAAACUUGAACUUGAUAAUGAAGCUCAUUGUGUUAAGAAAGCUUUCUUUGCCUUGGUUGCUAAUGGAGUUCGAGCUGCGCCAUUGUGGGAAACCAAAAACCAAAGCUUUGUGGGAAUGUUAACCAUCACAGACUUCAUCAUCAUACUGCACAGAUACUACAAAUCACCACUGGUGCAAAUAUACGAGCUGGAGGAGCAUAAAAUUGAGACUUGGAGAGAACUGUACUUGCAAGAAACUUUUAAACCCUUAGUCAACAUAUCUCCAGAUGCAAGUAUAUUUGAUGCUGUAUACUCACUCAUCAAAAAUAAGAUCCAUCGUUUGCCAGUGAUCGAUCCAGUCACAGGAAACGCUCUGUAUAUCCUCACACACAAGAGGAUCCUCAAGUUUCUGCAGCUCUUUGUGUGCGAGAUGCCUAAACCAGCCUUCAUGAGGCAGACUCUGGAGGAGCUGGGCAUUGGCACAUACUGCAACAUCGCUUUCAUUCACCCAGAUACACCCAUUAUUAAAGCACUGGGCAUGUUUGUGGAGAGGAGAGUGUCUGCCCUGCCGGUGGUGGAUGUUACAGGAAAGGUUGUGGACAUUUACUCCAAAUUUGAUGUCAUUAACCUGGCUGCUGAGAAGACCUACAAUAAUCUGGACAUCACCGUGACUCAGGCGCUGCUGCAUCGCUCACAGUACUUUGAGGGCGUUAUGAAGUGUUAUCGACACGAGACCGUGGAGACUAUAGUGGACAGGAUCGUCAAAGCUGAGGUGCACAGGCUGGUAGUGGUGGAUGAUAACUCCAGCAUCGAGGGCAUCAUCUCUCUCUCGGACAUCCUGCAGGCGCUGGUUCUCACCCCCGCAGGAGGACGCAGAAGGGACAGUGUGACUGAAUGACACGACAAUAUUUUGGAGGUGAAAGAAAUUCAAACCAAAAAGGUCCAGCCGGCAUUCCUUACAGAGAAGAGGACAGCUGGAAACUUUUUAUAUCCUCAUUUAAUGGCAGGAAAUUGUGCCCGGCUGAAUGAAACUGUUUGAAUCUGCAGCUGAAGGAACAGACAUGCGAUCAUAAUGCACACAUUGUUGGACAUGUUUAUGGUGGGCCGAUCAUGAGAAUCUGCCGCUGUACUGUACACUGCUUUAGAUGCUGGGCAUGUUUGCCUGGUGCUGCUGCUGGUUAUAGAGGUGCUCACUGACAGCGCUAAAUCAGGCAUGUCUUCUAGCUGGGUCUGCGUUAUAUCAUCAGGCGCUGUAGUCCACUCUUGGCUGAAGUGGAAAUUUGCCUUAAAUGAAGACCUCGGAGAGAGCUGAUUGUAAAGGUUAGCAGAGACCCAUAGAUGUGCAUGUAGUGCAAAAGCAGGUUCUGGAUUCUUAAGCAAUAAGUUGCCGUUGGUUCAAAGGACCUGCUAGACUCUGUAGACAUCUGGCCAUUUUUUUCUCUCCCACUCUCUUGAAAAUGCUUUCAGGUUGCAUUUCAUCCCAAAAUGAAAAGUGAAAAAUAUAAACGGAAAAUUAAGCAUAAAGAAAAAAAAAAAAAAGUGACAUUAUUUUCUUGAGGAGAUAAGCAUAUUUCCCCUGUAGGUUUUAUUAUUGUAAUACAAAACUUAUUUAUUAUUAUUAUUAUUUA